AUUCAUUCUAACAGUAGCAAGGAUCCCGGAAAAGGAACUACACGGCUGCUGACGUUUCGUGGUGCUGAAGAUGAUGGCGUCCACUGACCCGUCUCUCCUGGAUCUCACAGAUAAAGAAACGCGUGAAAAACUGUCUCUCUGGGACCGUCGUACAGAUGCCAUGGCGCCCCUUACAGAGAAACAAACCGACUCUAUUUUGGAGAUCCGAACCGCAGCUGAAACACUGCCUAUUCCAGCAGAGUUGCCCAUUGAGGACUUGUGCAGCCUGACAACACGGUCUCUGCAGUCCUCUUUCACAACAACUGUGCCGGCCUCAACUGAAGAUAUCUUGCUCAAGGGUUUUCAAAUGCUUGACCUGGAGAAUGACAGGAUAGAGACGGCACAACAGUUUUUUUCCUGGUUCUCUAAGCUGCAGACACAAAUGGAUCAGGAUGAAGGAGCAAAAUACAAGAGAACUAGAGAGCACCUAUAUUGUUAUCAGGGACAAUGUGACUCCAUCCUGAGUGACGUCAAUGCAGCCCUUGAGCACUUGGACUCGCUUCAGAAACAGUACCUGUUUGUGUCCAACAAGACAGGGACACUACACGAGGCCUGUGAACAGCUUCUUAAAGAGCAGUCUGAGCUGGUGGACCUGGCUGAAAGCAUACAGCAGAAACUGUCUUACUUCAAUGAGUUGGAAAACAUAAACACGAAAUUGAAUUCACCCACCCUGUCUGUAAACAGUGAAGGUUUUAUACCAAUGCUUUCAAAGUUGGAUGACUGUAUAGAAUAUGUUUCGUCCCAUCCAAGCUUUAAGGACUACCCAGUGUACCUGGCCAAGUUUAAGCAAUGUCUGUCCAAAGCUAUGCACUUCAUGAAGAGCUACACUGUAAACACUAUGCAGAAUCUCACCAGCCAGUUAACAAAAAGGGACCCGUUAGGGUUGGCCAACGCAGAUAAUGCCUUCACUCUGUACUACGUCAAGUUUAGAGCUGCUGCACCCAAAGUUAGAACACUGAUCGAGCAGAUUGAGCAGAGGUCAGAGAAGAUUCCAGAGUACCACCAACUGCUAGACGAGAUCCACCAGUGCUACCUGGACCAGAGAGAGCAGCUGCUCAGUCCCAGCAUUACCUCCACAAUCUCUGACCUGACCAGCCAAAACCACAAAGACCACUGUGCACUGGUGCGCAGUGGCUGUGCCUUCAUGGUCCAUGUCUGCCAGGAUGAACACCAGCUGUACAAUGAGUUCUUCUCCAAACACACACACAAACUAGACGAGCUGCUUGAGAAGCUGUGCCUGUCUCUGUACGACCUCCUGCGGCCCCUCAUCAUCCACGUCAUCCACCUGGAGACCCUCUCGGAGCUCUGUAGCAUCCUGAAGAACGAGAUGCUGGAGGACCACGUCCACAACAACGCUGGUCAGUUGGGGGCCUUCGACGCGGUGGUGAAGCAGAUGCUGGAGGACGUCCAGGAGAGGCUGGUCUACAGAACGCACAUCUACAUCCAGACCGAUAUCCUGGGCUACAACCCUGCCCCUGGAGACCUGGCCUACCCGGAGAAACUGGAGAUGAUGGAGAAAAUAGCCCAGAGCCUGAAGGAGGAGCAGUCGAAGCUCAUGUCUCAGGAGUCCUCGUUCUCUGACGUGCAGCUGGAAGACGGAGCGUCGAGGAGAAGCAGCAACGCCAGUGUAGAGUCGGCGCGUUCGCACACUUCCAUCUCUCCCGCAGACCUGCAUGGGAUGUGGUACCCCACAGUCAGGCGCACUCUUGUCUGCCUGUCCAAGCUCUACAGGUGCAUAGAUAGAGCGGUCUUCCAAGGUUUAUCUCAAGAAGCCUUAUCUGCCUGCAUCCAGUCCCUGCUGAAGGCUUCAGAAGUCAUCCUCAAAAACAAGACACAGGUAGAUGGCCAGCUGUUUCUGAUCAAACACCUGCUGAUAAUGAGGGAACAGAUUGCACCCUUUCACACUGACUUUGCCAUCAAAGAAAUCUCUCUGGACCUGAAGAAAACAAGAGAUGCCGCCUUCAAAAUCUUCAACCCCAAGGCUGUUCCCAAUUUCUUCCGAUUGAACAGCCACAACGCCAUCCUAGAGUUUCUCCUUGAGGGAACACCAGAGAUCAAGGAGCACUACAUUGACUCGAAGAAGGAUGUGGACCGACACCUGAAAUUCAGCUGUGAGCAGUUCAUCCAGCAGCAGACGCGCAUCUUUGUGGGGAACAUGGAGGAGUUUCUCACCAAGGUUUCCGCCCUGAAAACCAUGGCCAUCCAAGGUGGGCCAACGUACAACCUUUCCCAGCAACCUUGGGCACAGCCAGCCAAGAUCAACGACAUAGUUAUGGCUACCUACCGGGUGAUGAAGAACAAGCUGCCAAGCACACUACAGAGCAUGUCCUUGUACCUGGCCAACAGAGACACAGAGUUCAUCCUCUUCAAGCCUGUCAGGAACAACAUCCAGCAGGUGUUCCAAAGGCUGCAUGCCCUGCUGCAGGAAGAGUACAGCGGAGAGGACCUUCUGAUCAUCGCUUGUCCCUCUAUGGAGCAGAUUAACCUCCUGCUGUCUACGAACAAGUAGCCUGGCAUCGUGAUCAGUCGAAGGGGUUGAACCCUCUGUGAACAGCAAGGCGGCAAUGUUCCUCCAGCUCUGACGAGCCCUGAGCCAAGAGAGCGGUGACCACCGCUCUAGGACUGGCUGAGUUCACCUCCCCCGACAGCCAACACCGGGAAGGCAACAGCGGUUCAAAGAUUCUCACGAAGGCCAAAGAUACUCCCAACUCAAAACAUAAUGCAGUUCACUUAUCCGUUUGGUCAGAAGGAAUGAGGAAACAGGGAAGUAACGGUGUAAUUGUGUUUAUUUUGGUACUCGUCUUUAUUAACUGAAAUUGAGGAUGGUGAAGGGGCUUGCUUUUAUUGUGGGCAGAGCCACAAGGACCGGGGUUAUCAUAGCAACUGCAUUUCUCCUAACAUCAUGGACAAUGUUCUGAGUAAAACAUGAGCUCGCACAUUAAGUGUAGCGAGGCCACGGGGGCGUGAUGUUUGAGGGCUGAGGCGAGGACACUUCAGCCAAGCUAAUAUAGACACCAAUGCUUGUUCAUCUGCCAAGCACUGCAGCUAAUGGGCAAUGAGAGUCCGCCACUCAAAUGCUGUUUCAUUUCCCAUAAAGGGUUUCAUAGGGCAGAAAGAAAAACAUGCUGCACAAAUAUGUUAUUCCUCUAUAAUUCAAAGCCUUUCUCCUGUGUACAUGUAUGGCAGAUCUUCUAUGAUAGCCUGUGUUACUGUGUUCUCAGGUCUAACAUGGUCUCCCUAUUUUGUAUAUCUGGACCCUUCCAGCAGUUUUCCAAAGUACUCUUCCAUGGUCUCUUUAUGAAUGUGUCAGCCUAAUGCAUAUAUGUAAAAAGACCCUAAAAUCAUAUGUUUUAUACUUUUUCUUUUGUAUUUGGGAUUCUUCUGAAUGUCAACUGUUUUAACCUGCUAUUAAUGGACCUUUGACUAAGCAGUUUUUGCACUGUAAAUAAUGAGAAAUGUAAUCUAUAUGAUGGGUGUUGGCCUAGUUCUUUUAAGUCCAUUAAUUAAGACCGCAAUUUUCUUUGGCAUCCUCUGUUUGAAAUUGUGAAUAGAUAAAACUAUUUAUGGAUAUUCUGAAUUAAAAAGAUGACGAACAUCUGA